AUGAUUCACUCAUCGAAAGAUGAGCUGGGAACGAACAUUGACAUAUCGACCGACCCUAGCCAAAAUCGCAAGCAAAAGACAGCCAAGCGCCAGCGAAUCCUACGAGACUCGCUUGAUUUCUGGAGCACCUCAUACAUCAUCAACCAGCUACGGUCUACCCACUCCCACCAAGUAAGCCUAACAAUCCCGUCAGCGGCUUCUCACUCAAGGUAUUUCUCGCGCAUCUCGAAGUUUCCCGAGCGAGAGCAGAUCGCCCAGACUCGCGAUCGGGAUAGCGGCGUCACUUUGCACACCUAUAUUUUCUUAGUCCGCGACAUACCCAGCCAUCAUUGGACAGGAAAAACGAACCGGUUAUUGGGAGACCGAUACAUAGAUUCCCCAGACUUGGUUCGACAGUGUUGGUUUCUGUCAUCGUUUCGGUCGCUGUCGCUGUCGCGGUGGUAG